GGUGGCAGAGCUGGGACUCGCUCUCCGGCGUUGCAGUAGCCCCAGGCCCGCUGAGCAGCGGCUGCCCCAGGCCCCUCCACAGCACCAGCAGGUCCGCGGGGCUCAACAAGCCGAUGCGCCGGCCCGCAGGGCUAGACUGUGCGCAGCCAAGCUCGCGGAUAUGGGGAUACUGCGUUAAACAGGGCAAGGGGACUUGGGGCUAGAGCCAGAGGCUGUAACUGGCACCCCCACAGCUAAGCGGAGACGGCCACCCCCUGAGCCUGGAGUGUAAAUCUUUUCGGUUCACUCAGAUCAAAUGCUAGUGAUACAAUCUAUCCGCUUCUCCCUGUAAUGAUUCUCACUGUUCAGUGAGAGAGGACUUACCUUAGUCCCACAGAUCUAGACUUUUAUAUUCAUUUUGCCACAAAUCUUAAAUUACCUUGAUUGCUGCCCUCUUCGCCAGUGCUUUUUGUUGCUCUAAGAGUUGUUUGUGCAGUUAAUGCUCUCUCCAUUCACGUGGUUAAUAAAGACCUUGAAGAAAUUGUCAGCGAUUUUAGAGGAUUCUACAGGCAGCUCACCAGUGACGGACAGCUCCGAUGGAUUGGUCCAGAGAAAGGUGCUGUGCAUUUGGCUACAGCUGCUGUUCUGAAUGCCGUGUGGGAUUUGUGGGCUAAGCAGGAGGGAAAGCCUCUGUGGAAGUUACUAGUUGACAUGGACCCAAAGCAGUUGUUAUCCUGCAUAGAUUUCAGGUAUAUUACUGAUGCACUAACAGAAGAAGAAGCUUGUGAAAUACUUCAAAAUGGCCUACUUGGGAAGAAGGAAAGAGAAGAGCAAAUGUUAAAGCAUGGAUACCCUGCUUACACCACGUCUUGUGCCUGGCUGGGCUACCCGGACCAGCAGUUAAAACAGCUAUGCACGGAGGCAUUGAAGGAUGGCUGGACAAGGUUCAAAGUAAAGGUUGGUGCCAAUCUGCCGGAUGACAUUCGUAGAUGCAGACUUAUAAGAGAAAUGAUUGGCCCUGACAAGACAUUGAUGCUGGAUGCUAACCAACGAUGGGAAGUGAAGGAAGCAAUAGAGUGGGUCACUAAAUUAGCUGAAUUUAAACCAUUAUGGAUUGAGGAGCCAACUUCUCCUGAUGAUAUUCUUGGACAUGCAGCCAUUUCUAAGGCCUUGGCACCAUUAGGAAUUGGUGUGGCAACAGGAGAACAAUGUCACAAUAGAGUGAUAUUUAAGCAGCUCCUACAGGCUAAGGCCCUGAGCUAUCUCCAGAUUGACAGCUGCAGGCUGGGAAGUGUGAAUGAAAACUUGUCUGUGUUGCUGAUGGCCAAAAAGUUUCAAAUUCCUGUUUGCCCUCACGCUGGGGGUGUUGGGCUCUGUGAGUUGGUACAGCACUUGAUAAUAUUUGACUAUAUUUCAGUAUCUGGAAGCCUUGAAAACAGGAUGUGUGAGUAUGUAGAUCAUUUGCAUGAACACUUCAAAUAUCCUGCCAUAAUCAAGAAAGCUUCCUACGUACCACCUCAGGAUGCUGGAUAUUCCACUGAAAUGAAAGAAGAGUCUGCAAGGAAAUACCAGUUUCCACAGGGAGAAGUUUGGCAGAAAAUCCUUUCUAAGCCAUAAAAAACAACUGCAUUAAGCCUAACCCUGACAAUUUUCAGGCUGCAGAUUAAAUUUCCCAAGCUGUUCACACACUAUUGUUAGGUGAUGAUACAAGAUUUCAGCUGCCAGUAGAUGCUUUUGUAUAACCAGGCAAAAACCUCCAGGAAUUAACAUAACACAUAGUCCAGGAUGUUUAGUUUAAAGAAAUGACGGGGGCCUCUAUUCCAGCAAAGUUGUACUUUAGUGUAACUAGUGGAUGGGCUAUGAACUGAAUUUCUAGAACUAGUCUACAAAUCAGUAACUUUGCAGUAUCUGUUUUCAUAGAUUCCAAGGGCAGAAGGGACCACUGUGAUCAUCUAAUCUGACCUCCUGCAUAAUACAAGCCUUAGAAUUUCCCCAAAGUAAUUCCUUUUGAACUGGAGCAUCCAAUAUGACCCUUGGUAAAUUGUUCCAAGGGAUUUUCUCACACCAUACUAAAGUAUUUGAAUUUAGAGAUUUAAAAUAAAAUUCCUUGCUGUCUA